CCGGAGGGGCCACGGAUGCCCCCGUGGGGGUCACAUAUACCCGGGGGUGGUCACAUAUCCCCUUGUUGGGGUCACAUAUCCCCUGGUUGGUCACAUAUCCCCCUGUUGGGGUCCCCAGAGGUGUCACAUAUAGCCCCAUCGGGGUCCCAUGUCCCCCGUUGGGGUCACGGGUGCCCCGGGCCCGCUCGCGCGGAGGGCGGAGCCCCGCCUGUCAAUCAGAGCUGGCCCCGCCCCAGCCACCGUUCAUGCCGCGCGUUGUGGGCGUGGCCUCGUCGGGGACACACACACACACACACCGCGCAUGCGCCGCGGCCGGUUCCGGUGCGGUGCUUCCGGGUCGGGCCGGCGCGGCCGCGGAGCCCCCGCCAUGGCCACGCUGUUCCCGUCGCUCCUGCCGCGCCUCACCGAGCCCCUCUGGUUCAACCUCGACCGCCCCUGCGUGGACGAGACCGAGCUGCAGCAGCAGGAGCAGCAGCACCAGGCCUGGGUGGGCACCAGCUCCAGAGCAUUGCCGAGAAGGACAACAACCUGGUGCCCAUAGGAAAGCCAGCGUCCGAGCACUACGACGAGGAGGAGGAGGAGGAUGAUGAAGAUGAUGAAGACAGCGAAGAGGACUCUGAAGAUGACGAGGACAUGCAGGAUAUGGAUGAGAUGAACGAUUAUAAUGAGUCUCCUGAUGACGGGGAGAUCAAUGAGGUGGAUAUGGAGGGGGCAGAGCAGGAUCAAGACCAGUGGAUGAUCUGAUUCUGCCAUGACCACACCAAACCGGAGCUGGGGAGAGCCCUUGCCCCCCGUGGCUCUGGGGGGCAGGUCAGUGAAGCUCCUCCUGCCAUGGGUGCUGUGUGGGGGCCUUGGAGCGGAGCCCCCCUGGGGGAGCCAGAGGGGCAGCUGUCACCCAGCACAUUGGGGCUGACACGUCUUUUCUAAUAAACUCAGUUUACAAGAAAACAA